GUUGCUGUUGUCCUGGUAACAAUGGCAGCUGUGGGGCGGACGGAGCCGUUGCGGAAGCCGUGCACUUAUCAGGGACGUUUCAGAGAUUAACUUGACAAAACUCUGAAGUAGCAUGUGAUUUGUUGUCUUCCUUUGUCUAGUGGAUGUUAACAUUAAGAAACCACUGCAACCCAUCCAAAUGAGCAGCGAGCAAGUGGCUGUGGAGAUCUGGUCUCUCUGUUUUCAGCUUGACCUUCUCAUCCGAGCCGAGGUGCAUCAUUUACAGGAACAGCUUAGAGAAGAUAAAAGUCCUGUGGAAUCAGAGUCUUUUCACACAAGAGGUGUAGGUUAUGUUGAAAGAAUUAAACAAUAUCUGGAGCAUCUGCCGGACCCUGUUCCACAGCUGGAGGACUAUCUAGAUUCUCAAGGAUUGUCAACAUUAUUUCCCCGUGUUGAAAUAUUUGUAAUACACGGUAGACCUGUUGACAUGCUAGAACAGCCUCCUGUAGAUGGCUAUUUUUCCCACAUUGGGAAACUAAAUCAACUCCUGGUUUUGAGCCAGCAAUUGGAGGAUGAUUUGCAGCACCUGGGAAGCCACAAAUAUAUAGCACAUCAGCUUUCAGUCUUGUAUAAAGUUCUGAAUUAUUUCAGUGGGUCUAUUAGUUUGGGCAUCUUGAAAAAAGAUAUUGAAGCCAAUUUCAAAGCUUUAAAAUCCGGACUGGCUGUUGGCAAGGGGACUAAGCAUGAGCCUCUGCUACCGUAUCAUUAUGUAAGCUGGAUACUCUGUCUUACUCGCAGUAUCAUUACAACUGUGACUACCCUUCCUGAAGAACUUACAGAAGAAUUAUCUUUGGCCAUGUCUUUUGUUAUGAAUCUGAGAUAAUGCACAAGCGUACUUUAGGAUGCUAGCAAACUGAACUUCAGUCUAAAACAAAUUGACAAUUGUGCACUUUUUUUAAACAAAACAUAAUGUCACUCUCUUCGUCUUCUGACUGUGCUGACUUAUACCAGUUUAGGUACCUCUGUUACCUUCAUUGAAAUGUGUUCUUUGUGAGCGAGAAUAGAUAUUGCGUGUUGCCAGUCUUUAUGACAGAGGGAUGGGGUGGGCAGUCAUGGCAGCUGAAUUUGAUUCAACUCCCUCCUUAACAGUGUUGUCUGUCUACCUGCACCAAAUGGAAUACAGUGGUUCAAUUCAGUAACUCACCACCACCAUUUCAAUGGUAAUCAGGGAUGGGCAAAUAAUGCUGAACUAACCAGCGAAGCCCAAAUCCUCUGAAUGAAUUUUAAAAAAAUCCACCCCCACACACGAGUGGCUGCACUCAAGCGUCUUACUCUGCUAUAGGUGCUACAUUAAUGCAAAUUAUUUUAUGUUGUUUCUGUUCAAGAGCUCUUGAACGGAGUAGUACGAAACACCAGAAAGGGAACAAAUCUUUUCUGUUUAUAGUUACUGCAACCUGUGUAGGAAAAUAGGGCAGGAGCCUUUUGGCCCCUCGAGUCUGCUCCACCAUUCAUUAUAAUCGUGGCUGAUCAUCCAAUUCAAUAGCUGCUUUUUCCCCAUAUCCUUUGAUACCUUUCGCCCCAAGUGUUUUAUCCAACUACUUGAAAUCUUUAUAUGGAAGGAAAGCAAUUAAUUGCUUUACUUAUGGCAGCUGUGCACAUUUCCUACUCUCAAUCUCUAAACAACAAAUCUUGUUUUCAUUAAUAAGAAUUCCAUUUUUUAAUUAUAGAAGACUACAUAGAACACAAAGAUGAUAGCCAAAUUCUCAUAUUGCCACACGUAGCUAAAAUUCUUCAUCUGGAGUUCAUUUGUAAGCAAUUAGCCGGCUAAGAUAUUCCCUUCCUCUCCCUAAUAUCUUUUAUUUCAGUUUAAGCACAGCAAUGGUUUGGAUGAAGAAAUGCCUACAGCUAAAUUGAUGUAAUCUUUCCAGAGUACUUAUUUGCUAUUCUGCCAUCUUGUAGUUCCUUAAAUGAUUCCAGUCUCUUGGUUCCAACCUAUUGCAGCUGUAAGCAACCCUCAAUGUGCAAAAGAAGCAAAGCCUCAGAUGUCUGGCAUAAAUAUGCCUUUCACAUCCAGAGCCUGUACUAUGUAGUUCUGUUGUGCUAUAAUAGCUGGGGUAUAGUUUCUUAUUCCUCUCCUUUAUGUCAUUAAGUAUCUUCCCUACCUCUCAUUGAUGCCAGGUUUCAACCUUGGCUCAGUGGGAGCACUGCUGACACUGAGUCAGGAGUUGUGGGUUCAGGCUCCACUCCAGAGACAUGAAUGCUAAUCUAGGCUAGCCUUUCAAGGCAAUGGUGGAGGGGUACUGCACUGUCCCAGGUACUGGUUUAAGAAUAAAAUGGUAAACUAUAGUGGACUAACAGAUGGUGCUAUUCAGUGAAGAGCAGUGGCAUUUAUAAAAUGAUGCAACCUACAUUUAUCCCUCAGCCAAUAUCAGUAAAGUUGAUUAUCUGAUCAUUUAUUUUAUUGUUCUUUGUACUAUCUUGGCCAUGCGCAAUCUGACUGAUAGGUCAUCCUACACCACAACAUUGUCUAAACUUCAAAAAUACCUCACUGCCUCAGGCCUUAAUGGGCGCUCUCUGUCUGAGGCAUCUCUUUCUUAAUUUUGAAGAGCCUCAGCAUGUUACAGCUUAUAUUAUUGCUUAGAGAGAAGGAAAUACUGUUUGUGUUUGUUUCAGGAACAGUGAUAGAAAUACUAAACAGGCUAGUGAGAAUAUGAAAGGCAAAUAACUUGGCAUCUUGGUGAGAUCCCUGUUCAAACUCAUGUUCUCAAGAGCAAUUUAGAGGUUUACACUGAUGAACUUUAGAUCAACUUGGGUUGUGAGUAAUUUCCUAACAAUUAAAUAUCAAAUCAACUUAAA